AUAUUUCACAAUAUAAUAAAAACAAAGUACAGAAAUUCAUGGUAGAAGUUUCUAAAAACUCUAGCUCAUCUAUUAAUAAUAGCAAUGCAGACAGUAAUAUGAUACCUACAACCCUGAAUGAAACAGAAGAGUCAAAGACUCGAUGUUUCGCAUUAUCUCAACCCAGCAAUACUAGCUUCACAUUUUUAUAUGAAAAACUUUGUAAUGCUAUAAUUCUUGCUGACUGUAAAAUCCAAGAAGCAAUCUUCUGUUAUUGUAAUUUUGGUAAAGCUCUCAUUCAAAGACGUAGUGAAUUGGCAUCAGAAAAACAAGUUGAUCCGAAAUCUAAUGCAGUUAGUAGAAUUUUAAAUAAGGAAGUUCGCGCUCAGCUCCCUGCAAAUAUUUCUAUCGCGCUUUUAUAG